CCGGACCGGGCGGGGGGUGGUGGCGCUGGGGCCGGGCCAGCGGCCCCUCCGCUGUGCGAGGGGGAUAGCGGGGUGUCCUUGCAGUGUCCUCCCCGCAGCUGUUCCCCAUCCGCCUCCCCGGGAGGUUCAGACCAGACCCGGAGGGUGCGACACGGGCCUGAUCCGGGCCGGGAGCGCGGAGGUGCCGCGGCUGGAGAGGCGGUGGGGAGAGCGAGCCUCCGGUCGGCCCCUCACUGCGGGGAGGCACGAGAGGCUGGCGCCCUGUCUUCCCUGAAAACCCUGAAAUCGCGGUGUCAGAUGGCCAAGUCAGUGGGCCUCGACUUCCCCGGGCGGGGCACUGGCGGCUCCUGAGGAGGAGCCGGAGAGGAAGGGGCUUUACGCCCCUGCUGUGAGGAAAUACACCUGGAUGAUCCUAUGUGGGGCACUCACAAGGAAAAAGAAGUUCAGAUACAGAGGUCUGCUGAGUUAGAGCUGCUGUUGUAAGGUGAUGUAAGCAUUUCAGUUACACACGAGAGAGGAAACAGGCAUGUCAGCUCUUUGUCCACCACCGUCUCCUGCAGUUGCUAAAACAGAGAUCUCUUUGAAUGGCGAGUCACCUUUAUUAGCCGCCACUUUUGCUUAUUGGGACAAUAUUCUUGGCCCUCGAGUGCGGCAUAUCUGGGCUCCAAAGACAGAACAGGUACUUCUCAGUGAUGGUGAAAUAACUUUUCUUGCUAACCACACUCUGAAUGGAGAAAUACUCCGGAAUGCAGAAAGUGGUGCAAUAGAUGUGAAGUUCUUUGUUUUGGCAGAAAAAAGGGUAAUCAUUGUGUCAUUAAUCUUUGAUGGAAACUGGAAUGGAGACAGAAGCACAUAUGGACUAUCAAUUAUACUUCCACAAAGUGAACUUGGCUUCUACCUGCCACUUCACAGAGUGUGCGUGGAUAGAUUAACACAUAUUAUAAGGAAAGGAAGAAUAUGGAUGCAUAAGGAGAGGCAAGAACAUUUCCAGAAGAUUGUCUUGGAAGGCACAGAAAGAAUGGAGGAUCAGGGUCAGAGCAUCAUUCCAAUGCUGACAGGAGAAGUUAUUCCUGUAAUGGAACUCCUUUCAUCUAUGAAAUCACACAGUGUUCCAGAAGAAAUAGAUAUAAGUGACACAGUGCUAAAUGAUGAUGACAUUGGGGAUAGUUGCCAUGAAGGCUUUCUUCUCAAUGCAAUUAGUUCACACCUGCAGACCUGUGGUUGUUCAGUAGUUGUAGGAAGCAGUGCAGAAAAAGUAAAUAAGAUUGUGAGAACAUUGUGUCUGUUUCUUACACCAUCUGAACGAAAGUGUUCCAGGCUCUGUAGAAGUGAGUCAUCUUUCAAAUACGAGUCAGGACUUUUUGUUCAAGGCUUACUUAAAGACGCAACAGGAAGCUUCGUGUUGCCCUUCCGUCAAGUAAUGUACGCCCCAUACCCUACCACACAUAUAGAUGUGGAUGUCAAUACAGUGAAGCAGAUGCCCCCUUGUCACGAGCACAUCUAUAACCAACGACGAUACAUGAGAUCAGAGCUGACAGCAUUUUGGAGAGCUAAUUCAGAUGAGGAAAUGUCUCAAGAUCACAUUAUCCACACUGAUGAGAGUUUUACGCCGGAUUUAAAUGUCUUUCAAGAUAUCCUGCAUCGAGAUACUUUAGUAAAAGCUUUUCUGGAUCAGAUCUUUCACCUGAAGCCUGGCUUGUCUCUAAGGAGUACUUUCCUUGCACAAUUUCUGCUGGUCUUGCACAGAAAAGCCUUAACUUUAAUAAAAUACAUAGAGGAUGACACACAAAAAGGAAAAAAACCUUUUAAGUCUCUUCGUAGCUUGAAGGUAGAUCUUGACUUAACAGCAGAGGGCGAUCUUAACAUAAUAAUGGCAUUGGCUGAGAAGAUUAAACCGGGUCUACAUUCCUUCAUCUUUGGGAGGCCAUUCUAUACCAGUGUACAAGAACGUGAUAUGCUCAUGACGUUUUAAAGUUCUCCACGUCUGAUAUUGCACGGAAUCUGUCAGUGUGACACCACACUGGUGACAAUCAUUGAUGACUGAGGAUGUGGCCUCAGGAGCUCAGUAACACUAAAGUGUGUCCGAAGCAGGAGGGGUCUUGUUAGAGGGUAUAUCAGCUUAGCUAGACAAGCAUGAUUAUUUUAAUGCAUUUGUCUCUUCUAUGUGCUUUUUUUAACUGUAAAAGUAAAUGUUACCAGAGGAUCCUUGGCCAUAUUGGCUUAGAAAAUAAAUCUGAACAUGUUUUGGUGUAUGAUAAAGGGAAGCAUUUUAAUUUUCAUUCUCCAGAAACUUCCUUCAUGUGUAUGUCAGUUUUUCACUGUUCUGCUGUGUCAGUAGUUUCAGUUUUUCCACGGAAAACAAUACGUGUGUCGUCUCCAAUCAUGGAGGUUUCAGAAUAGGCACUUUCCAAGAGUUUCCAAGAGUUUUUAAAAGUGUUUGUUCAUAUGUAUGUGGUACUAAUCUGAAUAUAAAAAUUCCCUUAUAUCCCUUUUUAA